AAUGAGGAAAUGGACAGGGAUGUCACCAGACCCAGUUAACUGCUCCUGACCUGUUGCUUCAAGUCAACUACCUUUGGAGAAACCCAGAAGAAAUUGCAAAUAGCAACUGUCACCCAAUUUCUGCGAAAGGAGGAACAAAUCUCCCCUGAGUAACAACAGAAAACUUCUCUUUUCUAUGGAAUUCCUGGUUUAUCAGAUUUACAACCGGGCAUAUAUUGCAGUGGGCCUCCUGAGGGAUCAGCCAACUGUUUCUCCAGGGAGAAGAAGCAAGGAGCGGCUCAGCUGCCUGUUCUGAGAUUCUGCUUCAAGGGGAGCAAGAGCCCUUCACUUGAAAUCCUCCAAUGAUGCUGUGGCUGCUGCUGCUGCAGGUCUGGGCGAGCUGCCUCUGGCUGGGACACAGCGAGGUGGUGAAUUCCUUUGCAAGCUGUCCUCAGUUCUUCUACAGUAACAGUCCCCCAGAUGCAGCAAUGAAGCCACAGAACCCAGCCUGGAUCUGCCAGACCUUCAAGAACCAGCCUUUCUAUGCUACCUUGUACGACAAAGACAGGCGUAUUCCCAUGUACUCUGCUUACAAAUACGAGCCUGGAAGGUUCAUCACAAACCACACAUGGACAGUUGAGCCCCAGCUGAUACAUUCAAAUUUGCCCAAAAACAUGCAAACAGUGCAGACCCUUGAACGUCAAUACAACAUCAGCAAAGCGCAAAUCAUGCAAAACCAGGCUGUCAACACAGACUACGAGCACAGCGGUUGGGACCAUGGUUAUUUGAACCCCAAUGGCCACCACAACACCUUGGACAGCAGGAAUGCGACCUACACCCUCACCAACAUAGUGCCCAUGAACGAAAAACUCAACCGAAAAACCUGGAGAAACUACGAGCAGCAAACGAUGACCAAUAAAAGCAAGGACUGUCAAACCACCUACGUCAUUGUGGGUGCUGUGCCUGGGAACUCCUCCAUCUCCAAUGGGAGGGUUAAUGUACCCAGCCACAUCUGGUCUGGUGCCUGCUGCAAGACCAAGAACAACACUGUCAGUGCUUGGGCAGCCAUUGCCGAGAACAACCAGGACCAGGUCUGGGACCUCACUCUGGGGGAGCUGGAGAACAGUUUGGCCCAGCUGUAUGAAAUGCAAAAUAUUUCUCUCUUCCACAGUUCCUGCCCCCGUACAAAACCCUCACAUCCCGGGUGUAAAAGGCUCAGGGGCUUUUCUCACAUAUCACAGUAUCACAGAAUGCUUUGA